AUGGGGAACUACGCGUCCUGCGCCCUAUCUGGCCCCGCCGGGCGGCAGUCGAGGGCCGCCAAGGUGAUCUUCCCAGGCGGCGAGGUCCAGCAGUUCCACGCGCCCACCAAGGCCGCGGAGCUCAUGCUCGAGACCCCGAGCUACUUCCUCGUCAACACGCGGUCCCUCCGCGCCGGGCGGCGGUUCUCGGCUCUCAACGCGGACGAGGACCUCGAGAUGGCGAACGUCUACGUCAUGUUCCCGAUGCGGCGGCUCAACUCCUUCGUGACCGCGGCCGACAUGGGCGCGCUGUUCCUCGCCGCGAGCUCCGCCGCCAAGAAAGGCGGGGCCUCCGGGGGGAGCCGGGUGGGGGCCCUGCCGGAGGCGGGCGAGAAGCGGGAGGCCGAGGCCGAGGCCGCCGCAGCCGCCGCCGUGCCGAAGCUGAACCUGGAGGAGAUCGAAGGGUUCUCGACGCAGGAGUUCAUGCAUAGACUCUCCAUGUCGAAGUCAAAGAAGCCUUUGCUGGAGACCAUAACCGAAGACUGA